AUGGGUCCAAACAUUCAAGUCAGGACUUCAGGUUUUUGUGGACUACGAGUCUCCAUUCGUCCAAAAUUUACUGCUUUUGUGAUUAACAUAGGUGACACAUUUAUGGCACUAUCGAAUGAUAGAUACAAAAGUUGCUUGCAUAGAGAAGUGGUUAACAAUAAGACUCAUAGAAAAUCACUUGAUUUCUUUCUUUGUCAUGGCAAAGAUAAGGUGGUCAGUCCACCAACUGAAUUGGUUGACUACAACAACCCUCGACUAUAUCCUGACUUCACAUGGCCUGCUCUCCUUGAGUUUACUCAAAAGCAUCACAGAGCUGAUAUGAACACUCUUCAAGCUUUCUCGAUGAGGCUUCAAGACAAUAAUGUUGAAGCUUAA